AUGUGGCUUCUCCCCCACGAGCAGCCCCGGCGCGCGCCACCCACCACGCUCUAUGCGUUCGGCUCCAAUGGCUCCGGGCAACUGGGCCUAGGUCACACUGAGGAUGUAUCAGAACCGCAGCCUGUCGCAGAUACCCAUCGCUUUCGCGACCAGCAGCCAACGUGGAUGGCGGCUGGGGGGAACCACACUGUAGUACUGACGGCCGACUGCGAGAUGCUUGCAGCUGGCGAUAACUCAAACGGACGCAUCCCGUGGCAAGACUUGUCCGCUGGACUUCCCAGAUUCACCGACAGCUUGGUACCGAGACUACCUACCCCGCCGUUCGUCAAGCUCUGCGCAGCUACUUGGGAGGCAUCCAUGCUCGUAUCCGAAGACCGCGUAAUGACCUGCGGCACAGGCAACCAUGGGGAGUUAGGCCAAGGCGAAAACGUCAGAGAGUCGCCAUGGCCCCAGAAGAUCCCAAAGUUCCCUCCAGCAGAAAGUCGUGUAGUUGACAUUGCCGCGUGCAUGAGCCAUACCGUGGUUGUGCUGGACAACGGAGAAGUGUACGGGUGGGGCAAUGGACGCAAAGGGCAGUUGGGCGAGCCUGCAGCAGUCGUUUGGUCGCCUCGGAAGAUCGAAGGCAUACCUUUUCAUGCAGUCCGCGUCACCUGUGGGCGCGAAUUCACCUACGUCGCUGGCAACGCUCGCGAGGGCAAGCACCUUGUUCUCGGAUCAGAUAAGUUCUCUGUGAAAUCAGCAGCCCCCGUGGACAUCACAGAUUACGUGGACAUCGGAUCUGGCUGGAGCAGCAUCUAUGUUUUGCUCAGAACUGGCCGAAUCCUGGCAUGGGGGCGAAAUGAUCGUGGCCAGUUGCCCCCAAAAGACCUCCCUCCCAUCGAGUUCAUGUCCAUAGGCAGCGAACACGUGCUCGCGAAAGUCAAGGACGGGAGCGUUGUGGCAUGGGGGUGGGGCGAGCACGGGAACUGUGGAAAGCCUACCGAUGCAGCUGGCAACGUGGUCGACAGCUGGAAUGAAAUUAGUGUCAGGGGCGAAGUCAAGAUGAUUACAGCUGGGUGCGCGACGAGCUUCAUUCUUACGCACGACGACGGAUCAAUUCAACAGGAGAGUGAGGCUUGA